CUGUCACCAUCCGACCAAUCACAUCGUGUUCCGGUAAUCACAGCUCAGUCCCCAGUGGCUGCCUGAAUUCCACUGGGAGAGCCAGCCCCGCCCCCAUGUCCUGGGGUUUGUUGGAGCGGGUGAUUGAUUGGCUGCCUGUCCCAUGGGAGGCGGAUACGUCACGGAACGCGUCGAGUCGGCCAGCGCCGCUUCCUCCAUGUUGCCUUGCUGAGCAGUGCCCGCCCGCCCGCCCGCAGCGCUCACUGUGUCCGCCGAGCGGUGACAUGGCAGCUCCCCCCGCUCCAGCCGCGAUCUCCGGCCAGGCUCCCCGGGGGGCCCCCGCCUGCCAGUAAGCGGCUGUGCCCGCUGGGGAUGGUGUGUGUCUGGGCGGGAUCCCCUCACACUGACACACUGUGCGGAUAGCGAGCGCCGUGUACCCACCCCGGGCCCCGCACAGCAUAGCACAGCAUGGCCUGGGCGCUGAAACUGCCGCUGGCGGACGAGGUGAUCGAGUCAGGCCUGGUGCAGGAUUUCGAUGCCAGCUUGUCAGGAAUCGGGCAGGAGCUGGGAGCAGGAGCCUACAGCAUGAGGUAAGGUCACUGUGACAACUUUACUGGAGAUACAACUUCCUAUCAGCCAGCCAUGUGAGUGUAAACAACCAUCACCACUGUGUGACUACAGCCCCCAUCAUCCAUGGCAGCUCUCACCACUGUGUGACUACAGCUCCCAUCAUCCAUGGCAGCUCUCACCACGGUGUGACUACAGCUCCCGUCAUCCACGGCAGCUUUCACCACUGUGUGACUACAGCUCCCAUCAUCCAUGGCAGCUCUCACACUGAGAGAGAGUGUAAACAACCAUCACCACUGUGUCACUACAGCUCCCAUCAUCCAUGACAGCUCUCACACUGAGAGUGUAAACAACCAUCACCACUGUGUGACUAACUACAGCUUACCCUUAAACACUGUGCAAACCACCAUCAUCACUGUAUGUAUUAUAUUUUCAUCCCGAGAAUUUAUGCCCCUAUUUAUACAUGACAAAACCUUACUGGCCUUAGCAACUGCAGAUUGACAUAGCAUAUUGCUGCCUAAUUUGAUAUCUAUAACAAUUCCCAAAUCCUUCUUAUGUGUGGUUGUCCCUAAUUCACUACCAUUUAUUGUGUAAAUUGCUUGUGAAUUCUUAACCCCGAAGUGCAUAACUUUGCAUUUCUCUACGUUAAAUUUCAUCUACCAUUUUAGUGCCCAGUCCCCCAAUCUAUCCAAAUCCCUCUGCAGCAAAGCAAUAUCUUGCUCACAUUUUAUUACUUUACAAAGUUUUGUGUCAUCUGCAAACACUGAUACAUGGCUUUCAAUGCCUAUUUCAAGAUCAUUUAUAAAUAUGUUAAAUAGAAGUGGUCCCAAAACAGAACAUUGACGGACAUCACUUACCACUUUUGUACAGCCUGAAAAUUUACCAUUAAUGACAACUCGUUGUACUCUAUCCUUAAGCCAAUGUUCUACCCAAGAACAAGAAUAUUCUUCUAGACCAAUUUCUUUUAGUUUGAAGAUUAACCUAUUGUGAGGAACCGUAUCAAAUGCCUUGGCAAAUUCCAAGUAGAUCACAUCCACUGCAACACCCUGAUCUAUACUUCUACUUCUUCGUAGAAUGCAAUUAGGUUAGUUUGACAUGACCGAUGUUUCAUAAAACCAUGCUGAUUAUUGCUGAUAACAAAGUUCUUCCCAAUGAAUUCCUGAAUACUAUCCCUUAAUAGCCCUUCAAAUAUUUUACCAGUCACAGAAGUUAAGCUCACAGGUCUAUUAUUUCCAGGCAAGGUUUUUGAACCCUUUUUAAAUAUAGGAACAACAUCUUCCUUCCUCCAAUCCUCCGGUACAAUACCUGAAACAAAAGAAUCUUGAAAAAUUAACCCCUUAAGGACACAUGACGUGUGACAUGUCAUGAUUCCCUUUUAUUCCAGAAGUUUGGUCCUUAAGGGGUUAAAUACAACUCGAGACAAGGUGCUACAGCUAUUAAAGAAAAUUAAUGUAAAUAAAGCUCCGGGGCGUGUGUGUGUAUAUAUAUAUAUUAUACCUAGUACUAUUCGGUACCUACCUGGCUAUAUAAUAUUUCUAUAAAAUAUCCUUGGCUUAAUUCUAACCUACCAACAAUAUGCUCAAGUACAUGUGUUUGCAGCUGUUAAUAAACUAGCUCUAUCUACCAAGAGAAGGAGGAGGGAUUGAGUUGUAGAAUAUGAAAUAAAACAAACUUGUAAAAACUCCAACUAAAUAAAACAUGCACUCUAAUCACUAAAAUGGAUAGUGGUUAUUUUUUUAUUAUUCAUUUAUUUAUUUUUUUCAUGCUGGAGACUUAACUCUUCUGGAUAUAAAAGUCCUUGAACUUUCGAGUAUUUGUUUGCUCAGUUUGUUUUGUGCCAUCAGGACAGAGGUGCGACAAGCUUCCCUUGUUGAUACUUCCUCCUUAAGCAUUACACUUUAAUGGAUAGCAUACCAGAGAUAUUUUAAGUCAAGUAUUGCGUAAUUCAACUAGCAUUGUACUUUGCUUCCGCUAAGGGAGAUUUGUGGUCUAUUGCUAAUGCACAUUUUUAUGGAGAAAGUGUGUUUAAAAAAAAAAAAAAGUGGUUUUCCAUCUCUUGCUUUAGAGGGCAAAUAUAUGGCUCUAAUAUAAGAGCUAAAAAAAAAUUCUCCGCCCCAUUCCCCCCUCUUUCUCAGUAAGAGGACCAAUAAGGGUUUCUUUUAGUGAGAAUGUAAUACAAAGUUGUGACAGCCUCGGAUUUCAUGUAUUUUUGGCAGUUACAGGUUAUCUUACAGUGAUUUAGCGUUAAAGGAACAAAGACUGUCUGAAAGAUGGAAGUUGCUGGCCACAGUAUCUUUAAAACAUGCCCCCACCCUGCUGUACCUGCAGCCAAAACUCAGUAUUAAAACUUUCAGAGUAUACUGAUUAUGUGGUUAGAUCAAAGUGAUCAUCACUAAAUUAACCAGGUAUCAUCAUGUGGCAUUGGUUGGGUAAAGGGGACGGGUGGCGGCUGGCAUUACUGGAAAAAGAAAAAGGGUAUAUAACUGCCUGCCUAGAUCAAAUUGAACGUUUCUUGGACUUUAUUUGAUCAACAUCGGAAUGAGCUUAGCUAGGAGUUCCUUUUUGCUUACAGUAGGAUUUUCAGUGACUUUUAACCAUUUAAGGACACCGCUUCAGAAGCUUGUCUUACGCUUAAGGACACAAGCCAUUUUUGCAUUUUUUUGCUUUUUGUAUUCAAACGCAUUUUGCAUCUCUGUCAUUUAUUGCACCAACACAUAUUAUUUAGCGUUUUUUUAGAGGGCAAACAGUUUUUUCACAGUUUUGGCAAUAUUAGCGUGUGCAUAAUAUGUCCAGCUUAGAAAAAGUAAUUCAAAAUAAAUUCAUUUGUGUCUUGAUUAAUAGAGUACAUAAUAUGUGUAGGAUUUCAGCUUAUUUUGAAUGCUAAAGGUCACAAAAUACGACUAAAAUAAAAUUUUAAUUUGCAAACAUUUUAGAAGUUGGUAUGUUUGUUUUUGUAGUUUUAGUAGCCAUCACAGAAAACAAAAUUGCCACACAAUAGUAUAUAUUCAUAUUAAGUAGACAUCACAGGCUAUUUACCGAAGGUUAUUUUGACACAUUUUACGUAGCCAUUUCAUCACCUAUCUCUGCUAAAUAUUGGAGUAAAGGUGUUUUUUUUUAUUUUUUUUUAUUUUAGCAUAUACACAUAUAACAAGGUUUUUGUAAUGUGUAUUUCGUAAAGCUAGUGUGUGCUAUUACUUAACAGAACCCCAUAUUGUGUUCAGCUACAUCUGCUGAGUAUAACGAUACCCCCAUUGUAUGCCUUUGGCACUAUUCUGUGAAUGUCUUUAUAAGAGACAAGGCUAUUUCAAUUCCUAUAGUUGGAAUUUUCGUAGAUGGAUUUGCCAGGUCUAUGUCUCAUUUUAGGGUAUUAUAGCAGUGUGACUGUCCAAAUUAAAGUAUUUUUAAAAAUUAGGCAGACUGGAUGGGCCGAAUUGUUAUCUGUCGUCACAUUCUAUGUUACUAUAUUUUGAACCUUAGCGUGGGAUCGUUUUUCCGCUAGCUUGUACCAAGUGUAGUGGUAAUAAGCAUUUUUUUUUCUGCCUUUUUGACACAUAAAGUGAGUUUGCACAGUAUAUUUUGCAAACCUUAUGUGUGCUACAACUGUAUAAUACUACAUAUGUUGCUCAGCUAUUUUGUCUGAGAACAGCAAUACCCCUGUAUGUAUGUACCUUUGCCAGGUUUAUGUGGAUGUUUAAGGGGCACAUUUGAGACGCAGCCAUUCAGUUUUUUUUUUUUAAAAUAGCAUUCAGUCAGAGUUAAACAAUGUAUAUAUUUACAUUAGUUAAAGAAGUUAGCCAGUCCUUAAGGGGGGUCACUAGAUUGAAUUCCUUCUCCCAGAUAUUAAUCAAUUUAUGAGGUAUUAUCCUAGAUUCAUCAAGCAAAGAGAGAGCAACAUUUUGGAGUAGUUUAGAUGGUUGGUUAUUCAAACUUCGCCACAAACACAUACUAUUUAUUAAAGAAUACACCAUGGGGUAAUUAAAAAGGCGUGUUUUGAACCUUAAUGUGGGAUCAUUUUUUUUCUCUAGUUUGUUGCAGAUGUAGUGGUAAUGAGCAUUUUUAAAAGGUUUUUUUUUUUUACUUUUUUUUUUGCUUAUUAAUUUUUUUGAAACUUUCCUAAACUUUCUUAACUUUUUACAGAUAUAACAUUUUUAUUAGCCGCUUUUUUUUUUUACCGUUAACCCCUAACUAGCAGUAAGCAGCACUAACCGUAAAUUCCCAUAACUCCCACCCCAGCUAGCAAAACAUAUUUUAAAAUAUUUAAAUAAAUUGAACCCCUCGGGGUUCAAAAAAAAAUAAGUUAACCCUAAGGGGUUAAAAAAAAUAAUCAGAUCACAGUAAAAUGUAGUCCCGGCCAAUUGAUCACUGUAGUCAGUGAUCAAUUGGCAGGGAAAGGGUUUUUUAUUUUUAUUUAAAAUGGGUAAAGGGGGUGGGAUUUUAAACUCCUUGCCUGUCAGAGCGAUCAAUGCUGCAGGGGUAGCACGAUCAGGUGCUCCCAGUCUGCCUCGAAUACAGAGGCAGACUGGAGGAGUGUUAACCCCACAAUUGCCGUGAUCUGGGGUUAACUGUUGCCCCGCCAUGACGUACCGGGUCUGUCUUUUGUCGGGAAGGGGUUAAAUUUGGCUUUCUUUUUGUAUGUCCUUUUUGUUUUAUGCAAUUCUGGCACUGUGUAACACUUGUCUUUUCAGUAACAAAAUAUUAAUUUCGUUCUGUGGGCCUACUUUGUCUUGUGUUUUAAAGACAAAUAGCUCAAAAAUCUUAAAGAUUCUGAAAUAGAGGAGGAAACAAUAGGAGAAAGGUUUCUUAUAGGUGACAGAGCCACUCAUGUGAACAUGAUGCAAGAAAAUAUUAAGGGAACACUGCCUGCUUGGCUGACAUCAUCAGAAGUGAUGAUCUGAGCCAAUCACAAUGAUUUCUCAUAGGAAAGCAUUGGAUUGGCUGAGCAUUUCAAAUUUGAUUGUCAGCCAAGGAGGUGGGCUGGGAGGCAGAGUCAAAGGCCACCCUGGCCAAUCAGCAUCUCCUCACAGAUGCAUUGGAUCAAUGCAUCUCUCUGAAGAAAGUUCAGCGUCUCCAUGCAGAGGGCGGAGACACUAAAUGUCGUGCAGCACUGCCCCAGGAAGCACCUCUAGUAGCCAUCUGAGGAAUGGCCACUGGAGGUGUCCCUAGGCUGUAAUUAAAACACUAAUUUUUUACUGAAAAGACAGCGUUUACAGCAAAAAGACUGUAGGUACUGACUAUACUAUACAUUAAGCUGUAGUUAUUCUGGUGACUAUGUUGCCCCUUUAAAUACUAGGUACAUGUGAUUCUUCUGCAGCACAUUCCCAAAUAAAAAUAUUUACUCACCGCUGUUCUUAUUUGCAGCAAAUUAAUCUUAUUGUGAUUUAUUAUCUCAUGGAAGCCAUAAUUGCUUAGCUGUAAUACAUGGAGUUUUUGCAUUUACUUGUCAGGUCAUUGUUUGUCGGAUGUUCACCAAUUUAGAGAAGAGAAUUUUCUUAGUAGUUAUACUUGUGGGGAAAAAAAACAAAACUUUAAAAAAAAAAAAAAAUUAAAUUUGUUCUACAACUCCAAUACAAAGGAGAACAUUGGUAUUUUGGCUGACAAAGCAAAUUGAUCAAACAAUGUUUUCUGUGACAUAUGCCCACAAAUUCCUGAGUUUGCACAUUCAUUUCUGCCACAGCUGUUAGACAGCCUUGGCCAUGCUUAGUUGGAUCAGAUAAAAGAAAGUUUUGCAUUCCUGCUGUUCAAUGUCACUUUCUGGAUCUCAAGAUGUACAUUGACAAAUUACGUUGUGGUUUAGUAGUCAACCUGUUGGUGUUGAGGAGCCAGUGACAUGUGCACGGGUCUCUAUAAAAUGCAUAGAUCCCUGACCUUUACUUUUUUUUACAGUAAUCCUUUCCUCUAAAAGAUAAAAAAAAAAAUAAAAAAAUUAUACAGUUAGCAGCCUGGAGUGUCUGAAUCGUAACACUCACAAAUGUACUGCCAGUGUAUAAUUGGUGGAUCUCAGUGGUGGCAUGCAUAUUUAAAGGACCACUAUAGUGGCAAGAAAACAUACUAGUUUUCCUGGCACUACAGGGUUUCUAGGUCGCCCUAUCGGGCUCUAGGGGCUGGAAGGGGUUAAAUCUUAACUGUUUUCCCCCGCGGGGAACUCUCCUCCUCCUUUUCGCCGUCAUCGGCUGAAUGCCCAUGUGUGGCAAGAGCAGCGCGCACAUUCAGCCAGUCCAUAGGAAAGCAUUCUCAAUGCUUUCCUAUGGACGCUGGCGUCUUCUCACUGUGAAAAUCACAGUGAGAAGCGCCUCUAGCGGCUGUCAAUUAGACUGCCACUAGAGGCUGGAUUAACCCAUAGGUAAACAUAGCAGUUUCUCUGAAACUGCUAUGUUUACAGCAGAAAGGGUUAAUCCUAGAUGGACCUGGCACCCAGACCACUUCAUUAAGAUGAAGUGGUCUGGGUGCCUAUAGUGGUCCUUUAAAGGGACACUAUAGGCGCCCAGACCAAUUCAGCUUAUUGAAGUGGUCUGGGUGCAUAGUCCCAGGUCCCUUAACUCUGCAAAGGUAAUUAUUAAAAUUUUUAAUAAACAGCAAUAAUUACCUGCCAGGGUUAACUACACCAUGGCAGGUAAUUAUUGCCAGACAGCCACUAGAAGGACUUCCGGGUCGUUGAGCGACUUUUGGCCGCCUAACUGAUGCAGGACAUCCCUAUGCAAUGCAUGAGGACAUCCAGCGUCAUGUAAAACCCCAUAGAAAAGCAUUAUACAUGCUUUCCUAUUGGAGAAACAUUAAUGGAAGCUCAGCUAUUGGGAGGAGCGGAGACGGAGCCUGAACCAGCGCAGAGGGAGAUCGACGUUGGACUCAAGUAAUUGACCGGGUUUUUAACAACUUUCUUUUCUUAGAACUAUAGUUUCACUUUUAAAAAAUUAAAUUAAAAAAUUUAAAGUUUUAUAUAGGUAUAUCCUAGAACAGUACAGUUUAUUUUGAAUUUGUGGGACCUCCUCAUCCUCUAUACCUACCUAUCCUAUAUAUACAUCAAUCAACUGCUUAACUUAUGAAAAUGUUUCAGUAGUCAUUCAUAAUAAUGACUUGAUAAUUAAAAAAAAAAAAAUUAAUUCACAAUGUGUCCAUUCACUAAAAUCUCCAUAAACACACAAGUCAUUUAAAUGAAACCUGAUUAAUCCAGAUAUUUCUAAUAGAAAGUAAACAUUUAAUAUAAGGUUAUUUUUAGCCAACUAUUAAAGGAACAUGCUGUGUACCAUAACCACAUUAGCUUUGUGCAGUGGUUAUGGUGCCAGGAUAUUGGCCUUGUUUGUAAAUUAACAAACUGCAAAACGUGAUUUUUAACCCCUUAAGGACUAAACUUCUGGAAUAAAAGGGAAUCGUGACAUGUCAUGUGUCCUUAAGGGGUUAAAGAAAAGCUCGUAGUGCUGCCUAGAAACCCAGUAAAGCAUAUCUGGGAAUUACACUUACUGGCUCUUGCACAAAUAGAAUACAGAUGUGCACGAAUAGAAUACAGGGAUUAAAUGCAUUCCUGGGUGUGAAUGUUCGCAAGGCCAAAUAAUUUGUCACUGGAAUGCAUGCUGGGCAUGUGUAUGUAUUACUUGAGAUUUGGGCUAAAUGGUAAUUUAAUUUUAAUAGUAUCUGAGGCCCUAUAGUUAAAAAGCUCUGCAGUCUGCAAAUCAUUUUAAGAAAUUCUGUUAUUUAGCAAAUUUGUGUUUGGUAACUAGUAAAUGUAAAUAAAAAUAUGAUUAUUUGAAACCCCAUAGUUUUUAAAGGACCACUAUAGGCACCCAGACCACUUCAGCUUAAUGAAGUAAACAUAGCAGUUUCAGGGAAACUGCUAUGUUUACCUAUGGGUUAAUCCAGCCUCUAGUGGCUGUCUCAUUGAGAGCCGCUAAAGGCGCUUCUCACUGUGAUUUUCAGUGAGAAGACGCCAGUGUCUAAAGGAAAGCAUUGAGAAUGCUUUCCUGUGGACUGGCUGAAUGUGCGCGCGGCUCUUGGCGCACAUGGGCAUUCAGCCGGAGACCUCAGAAGAGGGAGGAGUCCCCAUCGCCAAGGGAGCCAGGCGGGGGAAAACUGGUAAGAUUUAACCCCUUCCACUCCCUAGAGCCAGACGGGAGGGGGACCCUAAGGGUGGGGGGACCUAGAGACCCUAUAGUUUCCUGGCACUAUAGUGGUCCUUUAAACAAGAAUGCACUCCUUUUUGUAUAUGACCUGUAACUACAAAAUGUGCAAAUCUAUGUGUGCACUGAAGAAGAGUGAGUUUUUGUAUGUGUGAAACUCAGCUGCUAUUUAAAACCCAAAAACUGUUUGUGAUUUUAAAAAUGUUUGUUUAAACAUAAAUAUGGCAAUUGAUGUACAAUGCAUGCAGUUCAACUAAGGGAGCUUGCUUACUUCCCCUUAACUUUAGUGAUGACUGAAGUUUAGUUUUAGGGCAGAAAGUUUGUGAAGCAUGACUGAUUUUUAAAUAGAAUAAAAGGAGAGACCUUAUACUAACUGCCAGUGACAUGUAAUUUGUAUCUGUGUCACAGUCCUUGUUUUCUGCCUGUAGCUAAGCUUUAAAGUUUCAUGAAAUUAAUGACUGUAAACAUUUCCUUUAAGGACACAGUGUCUCCUCAGUGGGCUGUCUUGUUAAUUUGCAGCCAGUCACACAUGGUGGAAUAUGGAAUCCUUUGAUUUAUGUUUGUUUGCUUUUGUGGUAUGGUUUUGCUAAGGAAACACUUUCUGCUUUGAAAUUAGUUUUUUAAAUUCACAGAUGAAGCCAGUGUACAAGAACUGGUUAUAUAUUAAAUAUGACUUCAGUUCGUGUUGACUUGAGUAUUUUUAGGUGCAUGAAAUCUCUAAAUUAUCACAGUCCAGACUUAAUAUGGGUUGUGAAUAGCAGUUUAAAACAGUUCUAUUUCAGGGUAGUUUAACCGAGAAAGUAAUGAUUUAUUAAAAUUAGACUAUUAACGCUAGCUCUCUGCUUUAAUUAUAUAAAACUGCUACUUCAAACAGCCAAACAAACUUAGAACCUUGUGGAAUGCCACUAUAUUAAUUAAAGCCCACCUUCUUGAUAUUUGCUAACUAAUGCAUUUUCAUUAAUUUACAAAAUAUAUGUGAAAUAUAUAAUUUCUCCCGCCCUUUAUUACAUACACUCACAGGGAUAUUCAAAUCUGAACAGCCAGGAAUUUGAGAAUUUAUUUUAAAUUGCAUUUUCACUUAUAGGCUCCAAUAGCCUUUUCAGUAAUUUUUCCUGAGACAAUUCUCACUUUAGGGAAAUUCAUAAAGAUUGUAAUUUGCUUAACCCUGCCAUGCCUGUUUCUGUUGUGUCUAUCCUUGGUGUUAAAGGGACACUAUAUAGUCACCAGAACAACUACAGCUUAUUGGAUUUGUUCUGGUGAUUAAAAUCAUUCCCUUAAGACUUUUUGCAGUAAACACUGUUUCUUCAGAUAAAAUGCUGUGUUUAUAUUACAGCCUAGUGAAAUGUCCACUGGCCACUCCUCAGAUGACUACCGGAGGUGCUUAAUGGGAUAGUGCUGCACAUUUGCAGUACUGACAUUCAGUGUCUCCAAGCUCUGCAUGUAGACACUGAACUUUCCUCAGAGAUGCAUUGACUCAAUUCAGCUGUGUUUGACUUGUGCUAGCUCUGCCCUGAUUUGCCUCCAUGACAGUCUCCGCAAAUUCUAUAGGGAAUUGUGAUUGGCUCAGAUCACCAAAGAGGCAGGAGGUGGGGGGUUGGCAAGGGAGGCUAGAUGGUGGUUUUUAACACAAUAGUGUCUUUCCUGACUGUAAAUAAGCUUUAGGUCCCCCCCACCCACAGGGCUCAAGGGGUUAAAACCCCUUCAGCCACUUACCUUUAUCCAGCGCCGGGCUCCUUCGAUGCUGGUGACCUCUCAUCCCCCUCCGACGUCAGCUCCCAAGUGGAGCCGAAUGCGUAUGCUUUCCUAUGGAUGUUCUGCGUGCUCAAUGUGAUUUUCGCAUUGGGCGUCGGGGAAGUGCCUCUAGCGGCUGUCAGGGGGACACACUAGAGGCUGAAUUAACCCUGCAAUGUAAACAUAGCAGUUUAUCUGAAACUGCUAUGUUUACAGCUGCAGGGUUAAAACCUGGGGGACCUGGCACCCAGACCACUUCAUUGAGCUAAAGUGGUCUGGGUGACUAUAGUGGUCCUUUAAAUUGGAAGCCUGUGAAUGGUAGUAUAAUAUGAAUUAAAUUUAAUAGUGAUCACCAUGUACAAGUAGUGGGUCAAGCAGGGGCCAGCUGUGGGUGCUUGGUUUUGGUAAGUCUGCUCUCAGUGGGUUUCAACAAGAACUGAUGGAGUAGCACCUGCAGCAAUUGCUGUGUAGUUGUUAUGGUGCCUAGAUUACGCCUUUUUAAUAAGAUCUAUUUCAUUUAACUUAUUUUAAGUGUGUGUGUGUGUAUAUGUGUGUGUGUGUGUGUGUGUGUGUGUGUGUGUGUGUAUAUAUGUAUAUAUACUCUCUCUCCCUCCAGCACUCAUGGACUUCUGAAGUUAAAAGGUGUAGUCAUUAUUGAAGGUUCAUUAAAACAGGACCGACAUUUCAGUCCCUGUUCGGGACUUUCAUCAGGGUCAGGUUUACAAUGAAAACAAAGGCACAUUUAUAGGAAGAAAAGCAUAGAUAAUUGACUUACCCCAGGUGUUGUGCCUAAUGCCGCUCGCAUGAUAGAGUGCGCAUGUGUGUAUGUGCUCCGCCCACACGUAGCAUGACGUGUUGCCGUAAUACCCGACAAUCUUUUAUUAUAGUGCACUUUGUGGUAUGAUGUAUGAUGGACACAUAUGUCCAGGGUAAUUUAUUUUUAUAAUGCGUCUUUUCACUUAUUUUUCACUUAGGUAUUUCAAUAUCUUUCUCUAGUAAUUCACUAUAUCCCCUUUUCUCUUCAUAGAUUUUGUGUCUUUAGUGGAAUGACUGUUGACUAAUUGAAAUCUGCUCUUAUUAUUAUCUAUGCUUUUCUUCCUAUAAAUGUGCCUUUGUUUUCAUUGUAAACCUGACCCUGAUGAAAGUCCCGAACAGGGACUGAAAUGUCGGUCCUGUUUUAAUGAAUCUUCAAUAAAGACUACACCUUUUAACUUUAGAAUUCCAUGAGUGCUGGUCAUACAUCUAUACGGUGUGUAUUGCUUUCCCAUGAUUGCAAGCACCCGGCCAUUUUAUUUUAGAGAGUGCAUAUUAUGAGUGCAAAGACCCCUUGGAGUGUGUGUGUGUGUAUAUGUAUGUAUGUAUAUAUUUUUUAUUUUAUUUUUUGUCCCUCCCAAUUUUGUUACCAGUCACUAUUCUAAUUGCAUGUUUUGUUUUUCUUUCUUAGUGAUGUACUUGCCCUGCCUAUAUUCAAACAAGAAGAGUCCAGUCUGCCACCUGAAAAUGAAAACAAAAUUUUACCUUUUCAAUAUGUUCUCUGUACUGCCACCUCUCCUGCUGUUAAACUUCAUGAGGAGACACUCACGUAUCUUAAUCAAGGUAAAUCUAACAGAUAUAUCAUACCAUUCUCUAUCUUAGACGGAGGUAACCUGGGUGUGAUCACUUUGUUUUAUUUAGAGAAAAGUGUACGUUUUAAAAGCUGGGUGUGGAGUCCUUAAGUCCUCCAUGUGCCAUUAAAAUAUGACUAGUCAAACUUUGCUCUUUAUCUCCAACCCCUGUGACUCCUAUUUAAUUGUUACUGAUACUCAAUUAUAUCAUUGCAUCUUCUGCGAAAUCUAAAUUUGUCCCUCCUGGUAACAUGUUUUGAUGUAUGUUCUAAUUUGCAGUUGCAAAAUAGCAAGCUUGAAAAAGUUGCUCUGGGGUCAUUUGAGGAAUCAGAAUUCCUCACCCAAUCUCACACUCCUUAAUGUGUAUUUAGGAUUGUUGUUACAUAAGCAAGGACAAAACAAAGAAUUUCCAGUGUGAUAAGGCUUCAUGAAGUAUGAGGUUCUGUUUUCCUUUAAAAAUAAAAUCAUACUGUCUCUUGUUUAGUACUUUAUAACCGUUUUAAUUUUGUGUUCCAAACUGGAAGUUUUUUAAUUUCUUACAUGCUAAGUAAAGGACCACUAUAGUGUGUGUUUUCCUGGCACUAUAGUGCCCUGAGGGUGCCCCCACCCUCAGGGUCCCCCUCCCGCCGGGCUGGAUGGACGCUGGCGUCUUCUCAAUAUGAAAAUCACAGUGAGAAGCACGUAAGCACCUCUAGCGGCUGUGAAUGAGACAGCCACUAGAAGCUGGAUUAACCCAUUUAUAAACAUAGCAGUUUCUCUGAAACUCCUAUGUUGAUAGAAAAAAGGUUUAAACCUAGCUGGACCUGGCACCCAGACCACUUCAUUAAGCUGAAGUGGUCUGGGUGCCUAUAGUGGUCCUUUAAGUGUGACAGUGCCGUAUGUGUUUGUUUUUGUAUUUUGACCUGGGAAUGUAGUGUUUACUAAACAAGCAAAAGCAAUUAGCAUAGUGCAGUGUGGAUUUCAGUUUUAACAUUUUAAAGCCAUUAUGGCGUGCUAUACCGUCCUGUAGGGGGAAGGCUUAAAACCAUUCAGGGCGCAUAGCAUGCCCUAACAAUUUAGCCAUGCCUCCCCAGAGCUCUAGAUGUUAUCUGGGGGUCUGCUUGGCAGUCCCCCUGCAGACAGUGAUAGCGAUCUCAGCACCUUAUAGCUUUUCACUGUGAUAACGGUUACAAUGUCUCUCUAUAACAUAUGCUGUAACAUCUCUGCCCCUCUCUUCUCCUGACUUUGAUCUGAGGUGAAAGAAAGAGAGAUCAUUGUUUAAACUGUGCUAAAAGUAGUAAAAGAGAAAAUAAAACAAAACAUUUUAGCCACAGCAGUUUUUAAAUUUUUAAACCCUUCUCUGCUGCCUCUUCGCUGUACUAUACAACAUCUGUUCUGUUCGAUACUGUAUCUGAUCAAGCCGACAAUUUUUGGGCGGGGGAAGGCUUAUUUCUGUAAAUUAAAAAGCAAAACUUUUUAGUGCUGGUUGCAACAGUUUGAUGUGCGAACAGUCAUUUUAUUUGGGGUUGUUAUCUGCCGGUCAAAUUGGCAAUGAGGGUGGUUGUGAGUAGUAUGUAUUAGAAAGGUAGGCAAAUUAAUUAAAUCAUCCCCUUAGUUAAAUGAAUCUCUCAAAAAGUGAGAUUUACCGCAGCGCCAGAGGAAAACUGGGUUCCGCCAAAUUGAUUGUCCUAGACAUACUGCCAUUCAUGGCUACAAAUGACAUCACAAUAAUGGUAGAUGUUUGGGAGCCAGUGAACUAUUUUAGCCUCUUUAUGUCGGACAGGAUAUUUGAGCUCAUGGUUAAACAAAUUUGUUUGCCUGCCGGUACCGUUCUGUAAAUCACAUUCACAGUAGAAAAAAAACUUGCACACCCCACUAAUGUUGCAGAAAUGAAAAAUAAACUUGGGCUGUAACCCUAGUAAUGGGUAUUGUAAAAAAGCCAAGUAUCCGGUCCAACUGGCACAAGCACUUCAUCUUGGAGUUAUGACGAGGUAUCGCUAUGAGCUAAUACUGCAAUUCCUUAAUUUUACCGAUAACGCAAUGUGUCCCUCUAGGAAUGACUAAUUGAAAAGCUCUGCAAAAUUCAGCCACUUAUCCUAUUCCUGUCUGACAAAUUUUCACAAAAUUAUAUCCCAGAUCAAAACAUUUGUAUUGCCAAAUCCAUUAUGAACUUUAAAAGAACACUAAAGACUCAGGAACACAAACAUGUAUUCCUGACCCCAUAGUGUUAAAACCACCGUUUAGAUGGCUUCCCCUUAAUCCCCUUUAAAGUUAAUAAAACUUGCCCCUGAUCAGCCUUCUUGCUGACAUCAUCAGAAUUGGAUUUGUAGCUAAUUCAAUGCGUUCCUAUAGGGAAAGCAUUGGUUUGGCUGAAAUCAGAAAGUAGGCGGGAUUGGGGCAGGCCCAAACGCCAGCUUGGUCAAUCAGUACCUCCUCAUAGAGAUGCAUUGAAUCAACGCAUCUUUAAGGAAGUAUGGAGACCCUGAACGGCAGUGCUGCAUGGCCCCAGGUAGCACCUCCAGAGGCCAUCUGAGGAGUCGCCACCGAAAGGUGUCCCUAGGAGGCAAUGCAAACAUUACCUUUUCUCUGAAAAGACAAAUGCCUGCAGGGAAUGAUUAUAUUCACCAGAACUACUACAAUAAGCUGUAAUUAUGUUGCUUAUUGUGCAUAAAACCAGCAUUGGCUUCCACCAAAUCUUAAUACGUGGCAGAAGCAGUACUGGAUCGUCUUCAGCUAUACGCCAGGAUAAGGUGCUUGCCCUUAGGUUCACAGAUAAGGAUGUACACAUGCUGUCUACAGUGCACAACAAAAAUAGAGUGCCAGUGUCUGCUAAAGGCAGAACGGAGCACCUGGAAAAACCGAAGUGCAUUGUAGAUUACAGCAAGUAUAUGGGGAAAUAGACUUGGCUGAUCAAUGCAAACAGCCUUAUCUGGUGAACUGAACAAGUAGAUCCUGGUACAAGAAAAUCUAUUUAAGCCAGAUUGCAAUUUUUAAUACCCAUGUGCUGUAUUUAAAAAAAUAAAAUAAUAAUAAUUAAAACAGUCAUGGGUAAACCGUACCCAUUUCUUGAUUUUUAUUGACCCAGUCACCUAAUCCUCCCUCUUUGGAAUCAGAAGAUGUCCAACCACUUGUGGCAAGCACAAAUCCCUUCCUUCCUGCCCCCGUAAAAGGUUACCCCAGAGAAGGUGCUGUGUUAGCUACCAGAUAAGCAUUAUUACUGCUGAUCCUGCCCAUCUCUACCAGCCCUCUGCAUAACAGACUGUUUCAGAGUCUACCAUACAGAGCUGAACUAUCACUCUCUAUGGGACUUUGUCAGUUUGUUUAUUUUGGGAUUUUCUAAGCUUGGCUUGUCCUGAUUACUCUGUGAACUGCUUGUUAUACCAACUACUCUUACCUCUGGGUUCCCCUGACUUUGGACUGUCCCUGUUUAUGUUAAGCCCAUCCAUUAUAAAGUGGGCACCCUGCUUGGGUAUCUGGGAAAAAAAUUGUACCAAAGCAUAAAAUGGCCCCAUAGCUAUGAUUUUAACGUGGAUGCUUGUAGGUAUUGUUAUCCAUCCUGUUUAACAAAAUAAACUUUCUAAUGUUGGAGUAAGCAAGAUUUAAAUUACAGAACAUUUCCGGCAUGUGGUGGUUUCUACUCAUGCAACUUUCCAAGGCUUUUCUACGGAGUCCAUGCCAGUUUGGGCUACUGUGAAGCCAUAAUAUGAUUUGCUACACUGGCAUGCUUUCCUCUUCUCCGUUUCCCACCUCUCUGCACAUUACUUGGCAGUGAUGUGGAACAUUGGCACUCCAGAUGUUUUGGAACUGAAAUUCCCUGUGAUUCUUGCAUGAGGAUCAUGGUAGAUGAAAUUCAAGAACACCUAGAGUGCAGGUUAGCCCAACUGCCCUAUGAGGAACCUUAGCAUAAUUAUUUUGAGCAUUAUUUCGUGAUGAAAAUCAUUCCCAAAAUAUCAAAGUAUAAAACUGUAAAUUACCAUAUUUUUCAGGGCAAUCUUAUGAAAUCCGGAUGUUGGACAAUCGUAAAAUUGGAGAACUGCCUGAAAUAAGUGGGAAAUUAGUCAAGGUAUGUGUCAGUGUGUUAAAGCCUCCAUACUAUACAGAAAAGACAUCCAUUAUGAAAAGAAUGUGAUUGACGUUUGUUAGAGAAAUAGAGAGAGAGCGACAUAGAUGCAGAGAGUAUAUUUAUCGGUCUAUCCUGGAAAUAGAACUCCAUUGAAAGACUCAAAUUUUGUGAUGUACUUUGUUACAAUUAUAAAAUUUAAAACCAUGUUCAUAUUAAAAUCUCCCUCUGAUUUUAGCCUUUAAUGACUGUUUGUUUAGGAUCUUGAGAGAUUUAUUUCAGGAGGUAAAUUAGCCCCCAAAAACUCUCUGAAGUGCAUAAGUGUCUGUCCGGCUGUGCCAGAGCCCAGAUUUUAUGCAUAUAUGUAAAGGUAUUUCAAGAUUAAUACGGAUUUACUGCUUUGUUUUUUGGGCUAAUUAAACUCCUGCAAGUCGGCUUAUAUAGAUAUAUAUUGCAUUUAUGGAAGAAUUAUACUUAAGGAGGAAUUCCAGGAUUAAUUUCACACCAGGUAGAUUGCGAUAUCCACAUGCUGUGCUUCUAAAUACUGCAAAACAGAAUUAAUUGUUCUUUGGCAACCCUAAGGCUAGCGCACUGUCUAUUCCAAGCACAUACCAAAUAUUUAGUAACCUCAGAUAUUGCUUUAGAAAAAAUAUAAAUAUAUUUCUACAUUUGGUUUUAACAUAUAGUAGCUAUACCCCCAUUAAAAUGUGUGCAUCUAUCUCAGCGUUUUGGAGUGGAUAUCUGAAAACUGCUUGCAAAAGUUGCCUCUCUUGUACGUUCAACCCCUUUUCAUUGAAAAGCCUCUGUGCCCGUGACUGUAAUACAGCACGUCCGCUGUUUCUUUUAGCUCUGUGAAGAACCCCCCCGGCUGUAUGACAGCCAGGAUGGUGUUUUUGACCCCAAAUAUAAAAGUACAAUUUCUAUCAAAAUUGGCACUUCUAUUAACUGUCAUAAAUGUGACUGGCUCCAGAAACAUAAAGCACAUGCUGCUGAUGUGCUUUAGGUGUGUAGAGUCUUCCUAUACCUCAAUUCAUUGUUUUCUUCACCAUUUCAAGUUAAGAAACUUGUUUUUGUUUUGAUUUCUAAGAAAGUAUUAUUACCACAUGCGUAAAGACCUUUUAUAGAGCGGCCUGUGGUUGUUUAGCAGAGUGCUAACCACUGACUGUUUUACAUGCGCAGACUGCAUUGCUGCUUUGCAUUGGAAAGGAUUUUGGUCUGUAACUCAUCCUUUUGCAUAGUUAGACUUUUCAAGGAAAGUGAUGGUUCUUGAAGGCGUCUUCUAAUACCUCUGCUUUUAGGUGUUCUCUAUUUCAAAGUUGUUUUGUUACUUUAAUAUAUGUUUUCUUUUUCAUUUUUGAUUUCCUCCAGAGCAUCUUCCGUGUAGUGUUUCAUGACAGACGUCUACAGUAUACAGAGCACCAGCAACUGGAAGGCUGGCGAUGGAACCGGCCUGGAGACAGAAUACUUGAUAUCGGUAGGAAGAUAGAACAUUAUGUUGUAAUAACAUUUGCUUUGCUUCUUCUCAUUCUUUCAAAUUAUUAGAGGGCAGAGAACUCCCUCUUUACUUAUGGCUUAAAUAUAGCUGUGCGGUAUUGGGUCUUAAUUUGUUUGUACACAUUUCUGUACAUUCGCGUGUGUGUCUGUAUUUGUAUGUUUCUGAAGCACUUUAUAAUUUCAAAUGCAUUUGACCUUGCAGGAAUAAUCUAAAGCACUUGAUCUCAGAAAGUAUUUUAUUAUAUAAGUUAAAGUGGAACCCCCUCCUUCCUUUUUUUUAGAUAAAUGAACGCUAUAGGGUUAGAAGCGUAUACCUUCUCUCAAGCAUAUGAAUGCUAUAAACAGCUGAAUAGGCCAAAAACCAUACGGAGGGGUUUGGACUCCUAGCAGUCAAACUGGAACAGCAUACAAUAAAUCCUCCCCCAAUAAUGAGACGACACUUCACUUUGAGGGUUAAGCAGGAACUCACUGGACUGGCACAUACAGCCUCUUUUAUUCACAAUCCACAAAUAUAGUACUGCCCACAGGGUUUUGAAACACAGCCAAUCAAUCCGUACAAUACACACACACUCCCACACAAAAUCCUCCCCUCUGCCUGUGAUAUAAUUACUGAACACAAUGGUUAAUCUCAUUAUCACAUCACAGGGACCCCAAAACAUGCAAUAACCCCAUAAAAAGUAUAUCCUUGGGGAUCUGGGUGAACCACAUAUCCAAAAUUCACUCAGAUCCGUUCAGUACUUUGGAAGAUACAGUUUAAUGCAGAUUCCACAGAACAUAUACAGAUUAUAUAAAAAAUAAUUACUGUAUAAUGUGCCCCCCGUUGUAUAGUUUAAAACUACUGCACGAUGUCUCUGUGCACCAAAUACCAGCAAGAUGGCACCGUGUCGAAAAGUCCACACAGUGUCUGUGAGUUAAAAUGGCCGCCAUCCAUUGUUCUCACCAUGUGCUUCAUCCAUUGUUCUCACCAUGUGCCUCUGAUACAUGAAAUGGUGGCCACCCAGUAACUCCACAGUAUGUCCCCAGAUGGUUCUUAAAGGGCCAGCAUCUGCAUAAUAAAAUACAAUAUUCCCAAAAAAUGUCUUUAAAGGGUAAUACAUCCCAGGGGCCAUAGUCACAUGGCAGGAGGCUGGCAAUCAGUCUUCUCCAAUGCCCAGUGGCGAGGUCGGUUUCGCCACAGAGGAUAUUUCCAGUUUGGCUAUUUUGUCCUUACAUUUUGAAUUAUUGGCCAUUAUUCACUUUAGGGAAUAUCUGUGUGAAUUUGUACUUCACAAAGCAGAUCUCAUCCUAAAGAUGGCCAAGUACGUCCCUCAGUCUCUAAAGACAAUAUUUGGUCUAUAUUGUUAUAAAAAUAUAUAAACAUACUGAAUUGUGGGCAAGGUGAAAACAUGCUUUCCUGGUUCUACACUACUUAUUCCCCAGAAGUAGCUGGAGAAAAAUGAAAUAACAGAUAAUGGAAUUGUACUAUAUUUAAAGUAUUAAACUAUUCUGAAAUUCCCCUUCUUUCCCGAUUUGCAAUGCAGUGUACAUUGCAUUUUACCAUUGGUACUGCAUUUGGGCUUUGUUUAUAUUUUGUGAAUGUCUGAUAUAUUUUACCAAAUCAAUAGUUUUGUUAUAGCCUAACUUGAUAUGUUUCAGAUGUUCCCAUGUCCGUGGGUAUAAUAGACCCAAGAUCUAAUCCAAACCAACUGAACACUGUUGAGUUUCUGUGGGACCCAUCAAAAAGAACAUCUGUGUUCAUUCAAGUAAGUAUCCGUUCAUGCUGCGCUAAGUCACCUGUCCAUCAUUGUGGUAUAAGAGAAAUAUAUUGUUUUUUACCAUUAUGUAUGCAAAAAAGAUUGAUUUUAAGGAACAUUAUAUGCUCACCAAAACCACUUUAGCUUAAUGAAGCAGUUUUGGUGUACAGGUCAUACCGCUGCAGACUCUGCUCAAUUCUCUGCCAUUUAGGAGUUAAAUCACAAAUACAACAAAAGCCGCACCUCACUACAUGUGACUUACACAGCCUUCCUAAACACUUCCUGCAAAGAGACAUCUAAUGUUUACACUUCCUUUAUUGCAAAUUCUGUUUAAUUUAGAAUUUCUUAUCUCCUGCACUGUUAAUAGUUUGCUUGACCCUGCAGGAGCCUCCUGUAUGUAAUUAAAGUUCAAUGUACAGAGUAGGAGAUGAAAACCUUUUAAAGUAUGUUACAUCUGACUGAAAGUUAAAUUGUUUUGUUUUCAUGCAGUUUGUGUCAAUCACAGCCAGGGGUGGUGUGGCUAGGGCUGUAUAAACAGAAACGGCGAUUUAACUCCUAAAUGGCAGUGACUUUGCAGUGAAACUUCUGAGGCAUAUUCUAUACACACAAACUGCUUAAUUCAGCUAAAGUUGUUUUUGUGACUCUAGUGUCCCGUUAAAUUGUAUUUGGUUUUUAUUUUAUAUUUUUACCACACAUCUGCACUCUUAAAUGCAUAUAAUACCUUUUCACAAAAUGAGGUGUAGUUGAAGAUAAUUUUUUUAUUAGUUUUCGCAAAACCCAGGCAGUAGUCUUGGGCAUAACUUGAAAAAUUCUGUCUCCUAUGAUUCCAGUUUAGCUACUUUGGUCUAACGUGUGAAUUUCAUUUUAUUUUCUCACUGAAUAACCCUGUCAGAGAUGGCCUUCUUUUCACAAGCAAGUCUCCCCCUCUCUUUUUAUACCCUUGUAUUUAAUCUGUUUGUGCUGCUGAUUUCACACAUUCUUUUGUUUUCAUAACAAACUUGUGUUUAAGAAGGAUGUAUUCCCAUUUCCAAGUCCUCAUCCUUGUGAAUUUGUUCAUUUUGGCAACUUUUUUUUUUUAUAAUUUGUGGGUUGUUGUCCUGGAUAUUUGUACAUUAGAACAAUACAACAUACAUUGUUCCAAGAGAGUGAAAUGUGUUCUGAAUUAGUUUGUUAAAAAUACAUUGGAUGUGGAUUUAAAGGCUAUAUGUCAAUGGAUAUUAUAUUGUCACAUACGUUUUGCAACAUAGAAUUGAUUUCAUGUCCCUUAGUGGCAUUAUUUUUUCAUUAUGCAAACUUCAGAACUGAGUAUUAUGAAUAUAAAGACAGGGCUCAAAAUUACCACUAGCCAUUGGCGUGUUAAAAUGUAGCCUUGGCAAGUAGAUAUUAACCAUUGAUGAGUGUACCAUGGACCUUCCAAACUUGCAGUGUCGAGUGACUCUUAAUGGAAAAAACUUGUAUUCCUGACCCUAUAGUGUUAAAACCACCAUCUACCCGCCUAUAUAUAGCAACAUAUUACCUUUGUUCUAGUCUACUGCUGUUGGCUCUGCCCCUGACCUACCUGCUUUGUUGACCUCUUCAGAAGUAGUUUUAUGCCAAUCACAAUGUUUUAACAUAGGAAAGCUUUGGAUUGGCUGAGACUGUCAAGUAGGCAGAAAAGUAACAGAGCCAGCACAAGCUAAACACAGCCCUGGCCAAUCAGCAGCUCCUCAUAGAGAUGAAUUGAAUCAAUGCAUCUCUAUGAGGAAAGUUCAGAGUCUGCAGAGGGUGGAGACACUGAAUGUCAGUACUGCUCACUGUGCAGCACUGCCCCAGGAAGCACCUCUAGCAGCCACAACAUAUGGAAUGCCAAAGGUUGCCUAUCCCUGUUCUAUAAUAUAUUUAUGCACCUCAAUUGGUGGCAAAAAAAUUGCAUAACUUAUAGAAGUCCCACAUUUUUAUUUACCGCUUUAAAACUAUUCCUUUAAUAAGAGUUGCCUCUCUUUCUAGGUUCACUGUAUCAGCACGGAGUUCACCAUGAGAAAGCAUGGAGGGGAGAAAGGAGUUCCAUUCCGGAUCCAGAUAGACACUUUUAAAGAGAAUGAAAAUGGGGAAUAUACUGAACAUAUCCAUUCGGCUAGCUGUCAGAUCAAAGUCUUUAAGGUGUGGACCAAUGUCACCAAUAAUUAAAUGACAUUGUUCAAUAUUAUACAGUGUAUAUUGUAAAUGGAUGGAAUUUGAAAGAGAUUGGCAGUCAACUUUUAUGCAAUAAAGGCUCACAUGUCCUCUAUGUUCUGUGCUACACAUGGUAUUCUCAUUUAGUUGGGUAAAAGAUCAGGAUGUCUAUUAUCAUGUUAGAGGAAAUGCGUUAAUGAAUUCCAGUGAAUAUCUUGUAACCUCUUGGGGUUACAGUAGCUUAUUCUAGGAAAUGUUCUCCUCUAUGGAGGUAUAACUGGUUUAGCCACUAUUCUGCAACAGGUGGCUGCUUCUUUCAAUGCCAGACUUCAACUUUUGGCCUCUGGCACUUUCUUAUCAUUUAAAUAUAAAUUGAAGUUCUUGAAUACUGGACCUUCAGUUCACUUGGAACUUGUAAUCUGGGAAUGGCCCACUAAGUCAGUAUAUGUGCAGAAAAGGCUGCAUUACAGCCAAACACUGUCAUCAAACUCCUCAUGUUUUCAAACUUUAUUUGCUUUCCACUUAACACAUUGUAGUGUGUGUGUGUGUGCGUGCGCGCGCCCGCGUGCGUGUUGAUGUGUAUAUCCUGGUGUCUCCUUAGAUUGGACAUAUUGCUAUCUUGAAUGUCACCUUCAUUUUCUGUCUAAUUGGUUGUCUACUCAAUGUGUAACAUUCAUGGAGGGGAAAACAUUCAUUAAGUUGAUGCUUGCUAAAACAUCCAUAAAGCUUGGCCAGCUUAGGUGCUGGCUAAGCAACAUAAGAGUAGAAAUCUACAGAAGCUGGAAUGCUUACAAGUUUCUUUGCUCUCAGUCUUGUGCUACUGAAGUUAAUGAGAAGAAUUUGUUGCUAGCACUAAAAGCUACGAUUCUUCUCCUGAGGGCUUAUCUGACCUUGGUUAAAGGACACAAACAAGUUCUCUCAAAACAUGCAGUCAGGAUGUAGUUAUUUUUAAAGGAAUUGUUCUCAACCCUAAUAGAUUGUGAGAAACUUAGUGUGCCUUAAAUUGAAGAAGUAAUUUAACAGGAUUUUUUUUAUAUUUUGGCCAAUUAUUUAUUAUAUUUAACAAAUAUAGGUUUGAGAGGUCUAAAAAUAAAAUGUUAAUCUAUAAUUCUACAUCACUAUGUUGAAACGUUGCAGCUCCAUCUAAUCAUUUUAAUGCAAACAUCCGUUAUAUCUGUUAGCACAGAGAGAACAUAGGCUGAGAAGGAGAGCGUGCAUUCUGGUGGGGAAGGAUAUCGGUUGCUAAGUAUUUAUUAUACAUUUAAAGGACAAUGAAGCAUCACAUAAAAAGGUCAACACAAGUUGGAGUCAUGGCAAUGUCUCUUUAAUUGAAUAGUGAAGUGGCCUUUUCUUGUUGUGGAGGGGAAGUUCAUAUGGGUUUACGCAGCAUUUCUAUCCCAAGGCUUUGUUUAUUAGUUUAUUUGCAGUGUUAAACUAAAGCUUAUUUUUUACAGAUAAAUAGACGGUUACUAAAAUGAAUUCACUAUUAAAAGAAAGCUUUGGCAUGUCCCUGUGAUGAAAUGGAGGCCUAUUUGAAUUCCCUAUAUGCGAUCUAUAAAUAGACAUUCUAUUUUGAAGGGUUAAUGAACUCUGCAGUAAAGCAGAUCACUAUAUAUCUAUAUAUAUUUCUAUAUUUGUUGAUUAAUAUGUAGCCCAAAGGAGCUGAUAGAAAACAGAAAACUGACAGAGAAAAGAUGGAGAAACGAACGCCUCAGGAGAAAGAGAAAUACCAGCCUUCUUACGAAACCACCAUUCUCACAGAGGUAAAUGCUUAUCUGCAACAGCUGUGCAUGUCAAAUUCUAUUUUAUCACGUGGGAUAACUGAAUACUAAACAUUAAUUUCCUGUAUAACUUUCAGAAUUCUUAAGUUUCACGUCUCGUCCCAUUAUUUCUUGCCCUUUUCACUUAGUCAAGCUUUCUUUCCCAAAGGCCAGCUCAGUCUACAUUUUUUGCAGAUAGGUCGCUGUGUCUGUUCCCUUGUGUAUUUCUGGUUCAGAGCACAAAAGGGGUAAUCUAACACAAUUUUCUCUUGUGCUCUAAUGUUGGAAAGGCAUUCACAUAGGAUCACUACAGAGCGUGUCUGAAAAAGACACAUUUGGGAUUCAGUGCUUGAUUUCUUUGGGACGAUGUAUAUUGAUCUCACGAAUCUGCCCAUCGGCACUAUCGCUAAUUGAUGCUGUCCUGAACGUGAAAGAGAUAUGUAGACCAUCAUAUUUAGAAGUAAAAUCAUACUUGCCAAAGGUGACUAUACCGAUCAGUUACUCCUAUAUUGGCAUGUUUAAGGACUGGAUUUGACAGCCAACCCUUUUCCACUUUUGGAAAUGAGCAACCUCGAAGCACCUAUUUUCAGAAUACUGAAUUUAAAUGUUCAGGCUAGGAAUUACAUUUAGACUACAUACCAUCAGUUAUUUGAAGCGAUAAGAACAAGUCUAUAUGCAGGUGCUUUCAUGCUGGUUGCUAAGACAGAUGCGCAAAAGAAACUUUAAAAUUGUGUGUGCUGUAGAAGCAUGUUUGCAACAUAUUUAAGCCAUAGCUAUGAAAACAAAUAGUCAGUAAAGCCUUUGUUCGAGCUGUUAGCCCUAUAUUGUUUUAAAAACAAACCUGUGACUUUCAUCUCUUUUGAAUUGCUCUCUCAAGCAAGGUAUUCAGACAUGGAUAGAACAUGUUAUCGUCAUGAACAUGUAUCUGAUCUAAUACACAGAAAAGUGCAGCAGUAAAAAAGUGCUAAUGCAGUGCAACAAAUUACACACACUAUGGUGUCACUCCAAACCACCCAAAAACAUAGUGACUAAUACAAAUAGUGUAAGUAAUCUAAAACAUGAAUAUAAGUACAAUGAGAUGCUAUUACCAUAUAGCAUAAACCUGUAAAACACAAGAAUAAAAACAUUGUGUAAUAUGUCAAGAUAUAACAGGCUAUACAAGUACUAAAAAUAGCACAUAGCCUGUUAUAUCUUGAUAUAUUACACAAUGUUUUUAUUCUUGUAUGUUACAGGUUUGUGCUAUAUGGUAAUAGCAUUAUUUCGCUGGUAUUUAUAUUCAUGUUUUAUAUUACUUUCACUAUUUGUAUUAUUCACUGGGCACGUUAACUCUCUAGCCCUACUGCUGAUCUCUCUCAAAAGCAAAGGCAACAUAAAACAUUACUUAUUCUUAUAUCCCUUUCUUUUCAAGAUGUUAAGUAAAUUGUUCUUCUAUCAAUAAAAUUGAUCUAAAUCGAAUAGAAAGUGUUUUGGUGAUGUAAAAAAAAAAGUGUUUUUUUUUUCCACUUAAAGAAAAAAUAAAAUAGGAGUUGCAAACAAAACAGGGGAGGCAGAUUCCAGCUUUCAGUAAAUCAGUGACUUGCUCAGAUUGGUAAACACAUUGACUUAUGGAUGCAGUAAAAUAUGCAGUUUCUGUUAUUGCAUGGCCUUGUGAGAGAUCAGCAGGACAGCCUCCCUUAGCCUAGCACAUGUAGACUUGAUCUUCCUGCUCCUUAUUUUUCAGCAACUAAUUAUCUAUUCCUAAACACUGCACUCAUUAUUACGUCAGCUAAUUGAUGAUGUGCUGCCUACAGUAGCUCCACCAUUUAAUUUGCCCAAAAUGUUUUGUUUUAUUAGGCGGUUUGGAAGCGUGGCUUAAAGCCACACCUUCUGACCCUCAGGAUUGCAGGACUGGGAAUGUAAGUUCCUGGCAUACCUUGAUGGCAUGCGCCAUGCCGUGAUGGCUUGUCAUAGAGAAUUAAUGCAUUCAAUGAAUCUGACAGAAUCAUUGGCAGCUCAUGGUGUGUGCAGCGCAUGUUCCUCCAGUCCCCAAUUCUCUGCUAUGGUAGGAGCAGGUGGCAGCCCUGAAGGAGAUUACAAGGAUUAUAUAGCAUUAAAAAAUAUAGAUUUGUAUUCCUAAUGUGAUAGUGUCCCUUUAAGCUGUACAUUGUGAUGAGCCGUACCAUUAUCUGUGUUGAACUUCUAGGCAAGUACAGAAGAGAAAAUGCUGUGAGAAAUGACAUCACAGCCACCUUUGUACAUAUAUUUCACGGUUUGUCUGAUGACCAAGACCGUAAGCAAUCAUAUAGUGAAACAUAUGUGAAUUUAGCAGAUUAUUCCAUGGUUUAUAGUCUGAAACCUGAUAUAUGAAUUUUUGUUUUAUUUUCUAGUGUUCACCGUGGCCAGAGAUAACGUAUGUCCCUAAUGCUCCUUCACCAGGGUUCAACACAUCUCACAGCAGUUUUAGUAUUGGUGAAGGGUAAGAGCUGUUUUGUUUUGUCUUCCCUUUGUUUUGUUUUUUUGUUUUUUUUUAUCCCAGCCUCAUUUUGUGUAAAAUAAAAAAAAGUAGACGAUGCAAGCCAAACUAAAGGAAGGGAAACUUGCUGAUAACUUGUCUCUGUCUUCCCUAAUGUUUACGCAUAUAUCUUUAAUUUUAUAUUUUGUCUCCAGGAAUGGCUCUCCAAAUGAUCCUCCUGAGCCACCCGCUCCAAUCGUAGAUGUAAGUUCAGGAAUAACACCCGUUCAGGUACUUAACUUAGAAAUGUAGAGGUUUUUCUUGAACUGCAAACAAGCAGCAAAGUAGCUGGUGCAUGGAGACAAAAUGGAACAUGGUUACAAUAUUUGCUAAUGCAGGCAAGUUGGGUUUACUGCUGUGUAAAUAUAUAGGGUGGACUAGUAUCACCUCGUAACUUAUUCUUUAAGUCUGCAACCUGGUGUUCUUCAGCUGAUCUUGAUUCUAAUUUCUUUUUUUUUUUUUGAAUAUCUUUAUAGAUUUUUCUUCAACAAAAUUGUUUACAUAAUGAAAUUACAGAACAAGAUAAGGUACUUUUGUACAAGGUGCAUUUGCGUAUUGUGUGAAUUGAAGCAAUAAUAUCAAAAAGAAUUGAACAAAGUACAAUUAUCUGGAAAGACUAUUUCAGUAAAAUACAAAAAUCAGGAGGGUGCUUGUACCCACCCAUAAUGCAAAAUGGACAUAACUUUGCCCCCUGUUAAGCUGUUUUCACUGCUUGUGAAACUGAUUAAUACCCAGACUUUUUUUUGUUUUGUAGGUUAUUUAGGGGCAUUAUGGUCGUCACUUCUGUAAUCUGGAACAGUCAUUCAACCUAAUUCUAAUUUCUGGUAUCCUUUGCCCACCCACAUUGUUGUAAUUUAUGAGCGGUUGAAGAACGGCAGAUUGUCAGUGCUUGACAUGAACUCAUUUACUGGUUUGAAAGGACUUUUACAGCCCUAACUUCAAACAUUUCAUGUUAAUGAGCCACAAAAAAUACAUUUAAGGGAUGCCAGAAAUGUCACAAUAAUAAGUUGACUGAACCAUUUGUGCUGUAAAAUGUUUACUAGCUAUACCUUUUAAAAAAAAUAAAAAUUUCAUUUACUGAAGAUCUUUUCUUAAAUGUAAAAGAGAAAAACUUUGUAAAAUGUAUGUUUAAAUAAAUAUUGCAUUUUGCACGUAAUGCUAGUGGUUUAUUUUGGGGACUUAGAAACAUUUUGCCCUUUUCCCCCUCUAACAAACCUAACUAAGGUGUAAAAUGUUUAGCUAAUUCUGCCCCUUUAUUUGACUAUUGAUCAAUAUAUUGGUGAUCAGUCCAUGAAUUUCAGAGCAAAAAGGUCCUCUUCAUAUGCUGCUUUCUAUUUUAUCCGUAAAGAUUGCGUUUGAAAUGCAAUGUUUGAAUUAUUUUUACCUGAUGACACUGGGUUUUGCAAGGGCAAAUUAAAGUGUGACAGUCCACAUAACUACCUCAUGCAGGCUGAACGUCUUGUCUUCUAUUAGAGAAAAUGCCCUUUUUAUUGGGACCCUGAUUGCUACUUAAUGUUCAGACUGUAGUUUUGUGGAGCUCUCUUUAUGCGUUUCUCUUGUAGAACCUCUUGCCUACAUCAACCCCUCAGGAGGCACAACAGUGGCUACAUAGAAAUAGAUUUGCUGCAUUCUCGCGGCUUUUCACAAAUUUCUCAGGUAACUCACUAGGAGCGAAAACUCUUACCCCACUGCACCUUUUUGUACCCUCAACUUCCUCCCUUUAAACCCUUUGUAUCUCCCUGUCCUUCACAGGCACUACACACACCACCAUGAUAGGUCACGUUCUCCACUUUGGUGAAAUCUAAAAUAGCAGAAAAUGUAUUUAUAUUACAUUCCUAAAAUGGACAACUUUGCAAUUAAACUUUAAGUGCUGUUCACAUGCAGUGUUAACAAGAAUUCCUAAAACCAUUUUGCUGUAAAAUACAUCAUAUAUAAUAUAAACAUAGCCCACAACUCUUAUCUAUCUUCUUUCUAUAUUUGUGUACCCAUUUUCCUAAGCCUUGCAGUAGUUUAAAAGCGAAUUUCUUUUUUUUUUAAUUUUUUUAAUAAAAAAAUAAAAAAUCUAUUGACUGCCUUUAUCUAUGGAGGUUGUCUUAGUAUAAUGUUUAUAAAGUGUUAACACUUCCACCUUUCUUUGUUUUGUUUUUGUGCUUGUGCUCCUAAUCAUGAUGGGACACGCAAACUCAAGCACAGGAUACUGGUGGUCAUGUUAAUGAAAAAUCUAAAAAGAUAUAAACCAUUUAAACAAAUGUUAACCCUGCAUAUGGACAGUUCUGUGUGUUCAACUGUAAAAUUGUCUUUGAGUCGUCCAUUGUAUUCCUGAAUUGGCUUGUUCUCUAUGAAUUAACACCAUACAUGACUAGAAAUGAAUUGCACAAAUGUUUCCAAAUUUAACCUGUGAAACGCUAGCUUUCCAAUCACAUGAUAACCACACAUGUUCUUGGUGAGUUGGGUUUAAACUACACCUUUCAGCUUAACUGUGGUCCAUUAACCUCUCAAAUGUCAGUGACCUUCAUUUGUAGAUUUGGAAAUACAUUGCAAAUAAGUUAAGUUGCCACCAGAGGGAUAAAAACUAUGAAAUCAUUUUUCAUUCUUUUAAAUGUAACUUUUUUUUAUUUAAUAACUUGCCAAAUCUGACAGGGGAUAUGACCUGUAAACCAGAAGGCACCUAAAACCACUUCUGGUAAUUUUGACAUAUUUAAACCGUAGCAGAAUACACACAUCACCCUCACCUGCUAAGCAUCCAGUAGUCAAAAUCUAUUUAAAUCUGCUUUGUCUGUGUGUUGUUACUACUUCGGUAUUAAGAAUGAGGGAUAACUUAUUGAUUUAUUUUACACAUUGUGAGAAGUUGAAUGUUUUUAGGCCUUGAAAAUUACAUUUCUUUAAUUUCUCCAGGUGCAGAUUUAUUAAAACUAACUAGAGACGAUGUCAUUCAAAUAUGCGGUCCUGCUGAUGGCAUUCGACUGUUUAAUGCACUGAAAGCCCGGUGAGUUGCCUUGACAUGUGCUUUCCAUCUAACUGGAUGAUGUUUCAUUCAGUAUGGUCAGCCUUCAUGUUGUUGCUGGGGUGUCCAUUUAAACUGCAGGGCUGUAGUUCUUUCCACUCCUUAGAACUUAAAGGGACACUGUAGGCAAUAUAACAAUUUCAUCUCCUUGAAUUGUUUAUCAUGCCUGGAGUCCCCUGGCACUGUCCUACUACAUAGUGUAAAACCUAUUUUGAGCAACUUAACUGGAAAUUAUGUUCCUCUAGCCCACACCAACUGGGAUGAUGGUUAAAGCAGAGAUUUUUUGCAGCCAUACUGAUUCAUACCUGCAAAUAGCACUAUGAUAGGCUGAAAGGGGUCAGCUGACACUCUCAGCCAAUCACAGCCACCUAUUGCUGCUCAGGCUUAUGCUAUCUCAUUAUCAAAAGCCGCACCCAGGAUGAAUUGCUGAGGGCUCUCAUUAAGCAUUAAAGUGGUUUAAUGUUGAAUGGAACGACACCACCAAGGGACUCUAGACACUAUAAACACUUCAAUGAGAUGAAGCCUUUAUGGCAAGGGGUAGGCAACCUUUGGCACUCCAGAUGUUGUGUACUACAUCUCCCAUGUUGUGCCAAAGGUUACCUACCCCUGAUUUAUGGUUUCACUUUAAACAGGAUUCAAAAUAUACUCAAGGCAUUAGUGUACUAGGGAGAACGACAAACUCUUAAUAUCUUCUAAAGAUAUUUAGGGAACAUGGAAAAUAACCAUACUUAAUAACUGUAAAUCUGUAACAGCUCCACCUACAGUCCAGUUUGGCAGAAAUGCUCAUAUGUAAUGAGUGAUUGGGAUUCUCCAACACCUGCCUGGCCAUGAGGAUAGCACACGAUGCAAUGCACAGCUAACGAUCAUUGCAUUACAGGGUUUUAAACAUGUCCAUUUAAAUAUCAAGUUUAUCAUAUAAUGCCAUCCAAACUUUAGAGCUUGACUUUUCUUUCUAUUUUCUUAAUAACUUUUGCUUGAUGCUCCUGGUCCACUGAGCAUGAUUUUAAGAGUCAAAUAAAUUCUUAAAGCUGUUGGUUUACAUAUAAAGGCACACACAAGCUUUUAUUAGUAUAAGUAUACAACACUGGAAGUGUUUACCAGGAUGCUGCCUCUGAACCUCUUUGCAAGUGACUUGUCUGCCCGCUUGGCUAGUACAUGUGUUGUAGUUGUUAGUGUAUUUCUCAUAGCAUUAGGAUGGACAAGGAUAUUUGCUGCUGUGCCGCACGAUCCUUGGUCUAUGGUUCCCAUUUGUAGAGCUCGUUGGUCAUUUUUCCCUCACCCCCAAUCCCCAGGAUGGUUCGGCCGAGGCUGACUAUUUACGUUUGCCAGGAGUCUCAGCAGCUGAGGGAGCAAGAGCAGCAAAAACAUGAAAAUGGAGAGCCAGGAAAUGGUGCUUUCUUUGGUGAGAAAUGGUGCUUUCUUUUGUUUUUUAUUUAUAACUACUAACAAAACUUAUAGUAAAUUUAAGUGGUCAUAUGUUACAGCAUUACAAUUUUCUUAUAAGCUUCAGAGAGACUGUGAAUAUCAGGAGCCAAUCAGAAUCUGUAAUUUGUUAUGCGUCUCUCCUAUAAACAUGAAAAGUCAACCGUGACCCUUUUGUUUUGAUAGGGAGAAACUUUUAUGUUUAUAAAAAUAAAAAAAUAAAAGUUUAAAAUGUCACAUGCUAUAUAGACAAUUUCCAAAAACAGAACUACUUUAAUUUAUUGCUGAAAACUCUGCUAAAAUGUUGCUGAAUCUCCACUCUUUGUCCAAGGCAAGUACUUGGACAACUGUUUGCCCAGCAGUUUGACACCUUAUGUAAGGAUUCCAUUCUAGGCAGUGUUUACAUUAUGUUUGAUGCAUUCCAGAGGAUUAAAAAAUGCAAGUAAAAUCCUAAUGUUUGAGCAGCUUGUUGCGAAUGCACCCCUGCCCAUAUCGCUUACCUCUUUGCAGUCUUCAAGGUAAUCUGCUGUCUUUGACGAAUAUUGUUUCAUGCUCAAAUGUUGAUGAUUUUAUGCCGGUCUCUUUGGAUACUUCUCCCUGCAGUAUAUCAUGCAAUCUAUUUGGAAGACCUGACAUCAGUCGAAUUGACUGAAAAGAUAGCACAGCUCUUCAGCAUUUCUCCCCAUCAGAUCAACCAGAUCUACAAACAAGGGCCCACCGGCAUUCAUGUUCUUAUCAGCGAUGAGGUAAUACACCAUGCCAUAAAUCUUAAAAAUAAAUUAAUAAAUAAAAAUUAGAUCUACCACAAAGAAAAUAUGCAUGAAAUUUAGUUUUGCAUGUCUUUCUUUGGAGGUAUAUAAAAUCUUGACUUGCAAUCGCUCAACUAUCCUGAUUUAGUGAGAUGUAUGACAGCUGGUAUGUGUAACAAGGUUGUUAUAAAAGUGCUUAUUUAUGUUAGAAAGGGGGCUUGCUCUUCACACACAAAUCACUUCAGCAAGCUAAAGUGCUUCCUUUAACUGCUUAUUACAUUCCAUUUACAUCUAGUGCAGUUAUUUCAGAAAUAAGGGUAUUAUUACAAAUAUAUGUUACCGGCACAAUGAACAAUACAGCCAAAUCCGUGUUGACAUGGGUGGAAUGUUUCAAAUUAAAUCACUGAUUUAUUCCAUCACUUGGCAAAGUGCAUAACUUUACAGACUUGAGUGAGCCACUAAGCAGCACAGUCAAUUUGCCAUAAACUGUAUUUUAAAUGAAAGAAGAGUUAACAAUUGUCAGGCUCUAAUAAAGCCUUAAUAAUGCUGCAUACAUGUAAGUGAAAUUGAAAUGGUCUUACUAUUGUUUCUUUAAUGUUAAUUAGAAACCGUUAUGGAAACACUCCCACCAUUAAAAGUAAUUUGUAUAAUGAUUUGAAGAAAUGCAUGGUGCAUCAAUUUGUUUAGACUAGCCCUUAAAAACACUGGCACAAUACAUUCAGACUCCCCUUUUCUUUAUUUUUUUUUUGUAGAAAGUGACUCUGGGCACCAUCACCACAUCAGUGAUUUGAAGUGAUCAUAGUGCCUGUAGCCUAUAUGUGCAGUAUUUCCCUUGGAAAAGCUGCUCUUAUGAAGCUUAAUCCAUUUCCUGUCGGAUAUGUAACUGCACCUGUGGUUUGUUUCCUUGAGGCAUCAUUAGCCAACACGUAACAAGAGUUACCAGGCUGGCUAAUGACAAUUCUGUGCAUAUUGCUAUGAACAGAGUUGAAUUCAUUGGAUGAGAGUUACCAGCUGGUGCUCUCAGCUUAUAAAUGUAUUGGCAUCCAGCUUCUGCGUCUCUGCAGGGGUCAGAUCUAUGUCACCAGCUAUAGAUGACCCUCGACUCCCAGCAGAGACCCAGGUAAGAUGAUAAAUCUUUUCAGAACGCUUUGCCUAAUUACUGUAAAACAGAACCAGGGUACUCCAAGCAUCAUAACCACGAAAACAGGCUGGGUUGAAGAAAGUCUCCAAAUGGGAUGACAUUCUUAGCACCCAAGUUGUGACAACUUUCAAGUCAUUUUGAUGUAUAUAAUAGUCAGAUUAAUGAUUUUCAGAAAGAGAAACUAGAUUUACCUUGGCCACUCAUCAUUCUCUUUUACAGUAAAAAGGUAGCAUAUAAAGUGCAUUAAAGGGACUCUGAAUCGUUUAUGCUAUAGCUGCAUCGAUAUGCCUAAAUAACUACAGUUUUGAAAUCCACAUUCUCUGACUGAUAUCGCAAGAUUUAUAUUGCUUGUGCCUGCUUGGAGGCACAUACUAUCCGUCCUCCAACAUUUAACAGGUUCAUUUAGAGCUUUCUGAGAAAGAGCCAUGACAGUGUGCAUUAGUGGUUAUGUCUGGGACGCCAUUCAUGAAAUCUGGAAAGGAGCUUUUAGUAAGCUUUUGAAUGGAAGUGAUAGAGUGCCAAACUACCAGGGGAUUCACAUGGUGCAUUAUAUCUUUAUUUGAAAUGGAAGUGUCUGGUAAACCCUGGUAUAUACAACCAACCUGUUGUGAAGUGAUAGUUCUUCCCCUGUAAAUUCUUCAGUUGACCAUGUUUUGAGAACAUAGCAAGACCCAAGCCGUUCAAGUAAUUUUGGAUAUACAGAGUGCACGAACGCAUUCCUUUAAUGUAUAUACAUUGAGAAAGUUUAAUCCCUUUGUCUGAUACAUGAAAUGCCUGGUCUACUUUACACAAACUACAUUUUUAUUUUUUUUAUUUUUUACUUUAUAGAUGAUUCAAAACUUUCAAGAUGAGUCCUGUUUUAUUUUGGAUACAAUGAAAGGUAAGGUGCUGGCACCCAAUAGCUAAUUCUAAUUUUAUUGCACAGUUUGACUCACUGGCUCUUGAAUAACUAGGGCUCAGAUCUCUGGCAAAGGUAAUAUUGUCUGCAGUGUUUAAAAUUUCCGCCUGCCUUGGACAGUGAAAAUUCAGCCCUGGCAAGCAUUCACGUUUUUCUCACUGCACUGUGCUGUUUGAAAGCAGUAGUGUAUUGUCACAGUCAAAUGUUAUGCACCUGCGUGCCUUUAGAACCGGUAAACCGCUACAGACCCUGAAACCCCACUACUCAUGCACCCUUGACUCCAAUCACUAAGGCAUAGUUUAGUUGGAAAUUAUUUCCAGGCUGUUAUUUCAGACUUCAUAGUCUCGGCUGUCAUAUGUAAUUGAAACACUGCAGUUGCCAGUAAGUUUUAGAUCUGGCAAGUAACAUUUGACUUGCCAUUUUGAGUCCCCUGAUUGGAACAGUUGGCUGUUGUGUAAAAUAUACAGAUACAUUUCAUUCAGUGUCCAUGAAUAGUGUGCCUUUUACACAAGGGCUUUGGUUGGUCAUAGUUACUAGUUCUGUAAAUCUGUUACCCUGAAUAAAAAACAAAACCAUGUGUAAUGGGCCUUUACAGCCACCAAAAAAACUUUAACAGAGAAAUGAGCAGUGAGACUUCAGAUGCAUGAUCUAUACACCGAAUCUGCUUCAUUAAGCUAUUUAGGAGUUAAGUCACUUGUUUCUGUUUACACAGCCCUGGCUGUAACUCAGACUGCAAGAAAACAAUGUUUUCAUUUUCAAUCUGAUGUUCACUUACUUUAGAAGUUUCUAUCUCCUGGUCUGUAAAUUGACCCUAAAUCACAUACAGGAGGCUCCUGCAAAGUCUAGCAAACUAUCAACAUAUCAGGAGAUACGAAAUUCAAAAUUAAAUAGAAUGUGCAAUAAAGGAAGCAUGAACAUUAGAUCUCACUUGUUUGUUUAGGAAGACUGUGCAUGUUACUUGUAGGGAGGUUUGACUAGGGCAGCAUAACCAAAGUGAUUUAACUCCCAAAUGCUCCCAGACCGCAGGGGCUUGAUCUGUGCACCAAACCUUUCAUUAAGCUAAGGUUGUUUUGGUGACUAUAUAGUGUCCCUUCAAUAGCACUUUCUCUUAAUUAGUGCACGUUUUGUCAGACAAGAUUUAUUAUAGCGCUAUAGAGUUUGCUGGCACUAUAUAAAUAAUAUAAUUAUACUGGAAGCAUAUUCUUCCUCCUCACCUGGAGAUAAGAGGGGACAGAUGAGAAAGCUCAACAAAACUGUAUUUAGACACUAUUAGUUCUGUUGCUUGAUUUCUGUAAACUGUGUGGUGCUUGGCAACAUGUUGGCAAGAUCUGAUUUAAUAUCUACUGUACUAGGACUGUUUCAAGUCUUUGAACAGUAUUAGACACACUGGUUAUGGUUCUCAGUGUUACUAUGCUGCCAUCUAGCAGCUAUCCAUAAUACUGCAUUUAUUUAUUUUGUAUGUACUUCCAUAUUGGGGUUGUAGUAAAUGUACGGUAACUUUUCCUUUUGGAACACUUUCCUACAAUAUUGCCUAGUAUCAAAGGCUAUCUUCUCGCCUAGGCUUUCUUUGAAAGAUCAGUUUCUUAAUUUGUUGAGGUUAUAUUGUCUUUUGCUAAUAUUAAUACAAAUACUCUCUUGAUCUUUUUGCAUGUACAUAUAUAAAAGUUUUAAAAUAAGCAUGCAGCCAAACGUUGGUUCAUGUAUCUCUCCUAUUCCUCUUAACGCUAAGAACAUAAAUUGUGAAUAUACUGUGAUAAAUACCAGUGAAAAAUGUACACAUUGCAUUAUAAAGCACACAUCAGUUCUGAAAAGGACACUAUAGGCACCAAGACCACUUAAUUUCAUGGUUAAUACUGCCUCUAGUGGCUAUCUUCCAUUUAACCAUUAGAGAGAAUUCCUGCUGUUUCAUGAAGUUUAACUCCAUGAAAAGACAUUCUCACGCUUGAGAAUUCUAAAAGGAAUUCUAGGAAAGCAUUGCGUCUGUGUUUUUCCUAUUGGGAAAAGCCUAAUGUGCGUGUGGAGCUCACUAUUCAUUAGGUUCUCCCCAUUGGUUGAUGAAGGAGGAACCUGAUACAGCAUAGAGGGAUCUUGGUAUGACCAUUUCCCACAGCAAUUUAAGAGUGCUUGGGAACACACAGAUGAGCAAUGGGCUAAGAUACUGUAUUUUUUUAAUUUAUUUUUUACUUGUUACUUGCUGCAUGACCCCCAACAUGUCCGUAUCCUCAUGUAAAAAAAAUCGAUAGUGAGACAUUUGUUGAAUGCUGCGAAGUCGCUGGUACCUGCCUCUGGAAAAGCAUUCGACCCCAAAAAAACGGUGAUUAGAGCGGGUGUAGGAGAUAAGGAAGCGCCGAAUACAUGAUGGCUGCCUUGCAGGGUCAGGAGCUCACACACUUAACAAUGGGUAGACUGUGAUGCAUACAUGUCCAAACAAAAGGGGAUUGCAGGGUGAGGGGAGAUGGGGAAACACAUCCUUUCUGCAGGUGGGGUAUGCAACUUAGCUUUCCAGGUUUUGGAAUACAAGUUCCAUAGACUCUACUAUAUGAUCAAUAACUUGGAGUCCACAAUGUGUUUUCUAUCUAAACUGUGUUUCUACUUGCUCUAAAGUAUUAACUGAAGUGUAGAGUAUACAAUAAACACCAGAAAAGCUAUAAAACCGCUUUAUCACACAUUUCAAAAACUUAAUAAAAUGUCUAUGUAGUUAUUGUAAAUGUACUUUACCUACAUCCAACAGUGCUGUUAGUUAUCUAGCUGAAUCACAGACCCUUGUGUAAAAAAAAAAAAAAAAAAUCUUGAUGAACUAGCACAUUUAGCCAUAUCCUGUAAAUGUUUGAAUAUGUACUUGUAAUUGAUGAUCUUCGUCUUGAUUUUUCUCCCAUUUUUGUUUUUCAGCUGAAACAAAUGACAGCUACCACAUUUUCUUAAAAUAAGGUGCCACAAUAGACACUGAAUACCCUUUUUCUUGAAGAUACAGAUCCUAUCUUUUUAUUUUUAUUUUUUUUAUAUAUAUAAGCUUCUAAAACUUGAAUGGAUUUGAACAGCACCUGUUAAUACACGAGCAACAAUUUCUUUCCGGUUGAUGCUUUGGCAAGUGGAGUACACCCUCUUAAUUAUGUGGAUCCUCCAAUGAAAGCCGGAGACCUCUCUUGCACUGAUUGAAAGUGGACAAGGCAAACAUUUCUUGUGCAGAUUCAGACACUUUUUACAUGUGUAGUAGCCCUUUAGCUUUGAGAAUUUGCCUUCAGAAUUAUUUCUUGUACCAAUGGUCUUGUCUCAGAACCAAAUUAAUCCAGCCAUUGACCCGUUUGUCCUUUGCUAAGAAUAGCAUGUUUUGGGGAUUUUUUUCUGCCCAAAUGCUGAGCAUCGAUAUAUUUCUGGAAACCCGUGAAUUUGAGAAUGCAAUCCUGUGUUGUAUUGCUAGUUUAUUCAUUCACAGGCAUCUUCCUUUUUAUACUGUUUUCAUCUGAUUUCAACAGCACACGGAAGAUUCUAAUGCAAUAUUUUAGACCAUUCACCCCAUCAAAGGUCACUGCCUGAAAGAUACUGGGAGGGGGUGGGGGUUAGAAUAUAUAUUUUAUGUAGCAUUUGUCUUUUUGUAUGAUGCAUUUUGUAAUUCCACCCAUCUUCCCCAAACUGCUCCUGUCAAUCCCUCAAAUUCUAAUUUCUUUAUAAGUUUGCUUUGUUUUUUUAUGAAUACAUUUGUGUGGGGAUUUGUCACUUGUGUGUUUUUUGUACAUCAUUUUUGAACAGGUUAGGGCUACAUUGCUGAUUUUUUUUUUUUUUUCCUUCGUUUUGUUUUCUGUUCUACAUACCAAUUAGUCUUGCUAUUGUAGAUCAAAGACCUGCAUUAUUUAAUGCUCUUUUCUACAAAGAUAAUGUUUCACUUAUUGAAUUCUGACAUAAAAUCUGGAACCCUCAUGUUUUCCUAUUUGAAUCCAAAGGCAUCUUUCUUUUUAGUUACUAUAAUAAGCCGAUUUCAUUUUACAAACUUUUUUUGUUUUGUUAGGGAACCAAUUUUUUUCUUAAUGUCUUGUGUUUAAGACUGAGGCUAUGACUGCGUAAUAAACAUUUGUAUAUAAUAAACUGUAAUUUCUCAGAAAAAUAAGAAAUCAUGAUAUCCAGCAACGGCAUAAAGUAUUAAAUAUUGAAAUAGCUGUCUUUAUAGGUAAUGGAAAUAAUUCUGUUUAUUAUUAGCAGCUGUAUAUGCCUAGUCGAUGCUUGCAAACAUAAAAAUUAGUGCCAUGAUUUACUAAUCCUGGUCAUUAUUGCCCAAUAAUCUGAAAAUCCAGAUGUUUGUGUAAAGGGCACAAAUGUUCUACAAAUCCAGAAUUGAAAAUUCAGAACAUUUUCUAGUGUAUAGCUAUAUUGGAGAGAAACUAACAUUUAAUUUUGUAGUUUCAACACAUUACAAUAUGUUUCCUUAUAAACUGAUUAACAUAUUUCUUGUUUGCUGUAUAAUGGCAUUUCAAAAAUCUUAAGAGUUGUGUUUUAUGCAGGUAAGUGGCAAUUUCUCCAUUUUCUGCGGUGUUAAAGCAAGGGUUAAACUAGAUAUUCAGUUACACAUAUACUCUUAAAAAUAGUUACUUGUGUGGAUAUCACUGGAGUAGCUGGAACCCUACUUGAAAUUCCAUCUUCAUAGCUUCUGCAUUAUGAAGGAUGGGCUUUGAGAGAAGGAGC